AUGGCCACAUUUCGCCGGUUCCGCCCCGAGGAUGUCAACAAGUUCUCCAAGUGUAAUCUCGACCCACUCACCGAGACCUACGAGUUGGCCUUCUACCUUCAGUACCAUGCCAAGUGGCCCUCCAUGUUCCAGGUCUGCGAGGACAUGAGUGGGAACAUCAUUGGCUACAUCAUGGGCAAACUGGAAUCAUCACCUGAUGUUUACAAAUUUUCCGAGCAUUACCUCCCGUGGCACGCUCACAUCACAGCCCUAACCGUUGCUCCAGAAGCGCGGAGAUUGGGAAUUGGCAAGAUCCUAUCCGAGCAGCUGGAAGCCGCCGCCGACGCUAACGAUGCCUGGUUCGUCGACCUCUUCGUCCGCACUAGCAACCACAAAGCAAUCACAUUCUAUAAGAGCAUGGGCUAUAGUGUCUUCCGCGUGGUCAAGGACUACUAUGGCGAUCAUGCCACAGACCCUACGCGCGACAGCGAGGACGCGUACGACAUGAGAAAGCCGAUGAAGAGGGAUACGAAACUCCAACACAUUAGAGACGACGGCGAGAAACACGAGGUUGACCCCUCGGACGUUUGGUGA